AUGUCCGACACGUCCUCCCGUGACUCCUUCUACGACUCCCUGUCGGACGUGGCGGAAGAUGGCGAGAACGCAGACUUCUUGCCCGGGCUGUCGGCCUUCCUCAGCCAGGAGGAGAUAAACAAGAGUCUGGACCUGGCCCGCAGAGCCAUAGCCAGCUCAGAGACAGAAGACUGCGACUCGGAAAGGGAGGACUCACAGAUUUUCAGCCCCUCUCCUGGGAGCCUCUGGGGGUCGCCUCCCCCUCAGGAGGCCAGGCCGGGUGAGCACGCGUCCCCGGGGACACCUGGCGCCCACAGGCCUGCACCUGUCCCGCCGCUGCCAGCAGAGCCAGCCGAGCGCAUCUCCUCGCCUGCGCCCAGGAGGAAGCCCGGCGUCUCGCCCCUGCUGGCCCGGCCCAGCUACAUCCGGAGUCUCCGCAGGGCAGGGCAACACGGUGCCAAAGCCCCCGGCGCCAGUGCCAAGCCCAGAGCCGCGCACGGGGGCAGGGCCGGGCCCCAGAGCCCGCUGUGCAAAAAGGCGGCCACCCUCAUCGAGGAGCUGACGGCCAUCUUCAGAGAAACCUCCAAGCCGAGAACCAGGAACCCCAACGGGGAGUCCUCAUCCCCGGACAGCGGGUACCUGUCCCCUAAGAACCAGCUGUCAGCCCCGACGAGCGCCUCGGCCAGCCGGAGCCCCACCAGGGACCAGCGGGAGGCGGAAGCCGGGGCCGAGCCCCUGGAGCCCGGGCAUCACCCCGCGGCGGCCCGGGACGUGGUCCAGCCCAGCCGAAGCCCCUCUCCCCCGGCCGCCCGCCACCUGCUGGCCGCUCCCCGGUUCAUCCAGAAGCUGCGGAGCCGAGAGGUGGCAGAAGGAAGUCGGGUGUACCUCGAGUGCAGAGUCGCCGGGAACCCACCUCCUCGGGUCAGAUGGUUCUGUGAGGGGAUCGAACUGCACGACAGUCCCGACAUCCAGAUCCGCUGGGACGGGGGCGACCUGCACACGCUGGUCAUAGCCGAGGCCUUUGAGGACGACACAGGGCGCUACACCUGCCUGGCUGCGAACCCCGGUGGCUCUGACACCACAUCCGCAGAGGUGUUCAUUGAAGGUGCCAGUUCAACAGAUUCUGACAGUGAAGGUUUAGCGUUCAAAUCAAAACCUGGAGCCAUGCCACAAGCUCAGAAGAAAACAACUUCUGUUUCCUUGACGAUAGGAUCAUCAUCUCCAAAGACAGGGGUGACCACAGCCGUGAUUCAGCCACUGUCUGUCCCUGUUCAACAGGCUCCCAGCCCCACCUCGUGCCUCUGCCGGCCAGAUGGACCCGCAGCCGCCUGCUUCCCGCCUGUUUUCACCAAGGAGCUGCAAAGCAUCUCAGCCUCCAAGGGACAGGCGUCCGUGCUGGAGUGCCGGGUCCGAGGCACGCCCCCUCUGCAGGUCCAGUGGUUCCGACAAGGCAGUGAAAUCCAGGACUCUCCAGACUUCCGGAUCCUACAGAAAAAACCUCGAUCCACAGCUGAACCUGAGGAGAUCUGCACCCUCGUUAUAGCAGAGACGUUCCCCGAGGACGCCGGGAUCUUCACGUGCUCGGCGAGCAAUGAUUACGGGUCAGCGGCCAGCACUGCCCAGCUGGUGGUCACCUCAGCCAACAUGGACACCUGCGGCUAUGACUCAGCCGGAGAGGCCAGCAGUGGCCGCUUCCAGCCCUCCCCGCUGCCCCCUCCAAUCUGGGAGACCAGCUCCUUCGAGUUGGCUUCGCAGAAACCAGCUGAGAUCCAGCACGUGACCAGCCCCGUGUUCGGGCUGAGCCCGGCGGCCCUUCAGUUCAAUUCCGCCGCAGAGAGGGAAACCAAUGGCAUCCACCCGGGCCACGGAGUGAAUGGACUGAUGAACGGCAGAGCUGAUGGCAGCAAAGCUCUUCCCAGCGCAGCCGUCCUGCUGUCACCCACAAAGGAACCCCCCCCUCUGCUUGCCAAACCGAAACUGGGAUUUCCCAAGAAGGCCAGCAGGACCGCCAGGAUCGCCUCGGACGAGGAGAUCCAGGGCUCGAAGGAUGCCGUCAUCCAGGACCUGGAGCGGAAGUUGCGCUUCAAGGAGGACCUGCUGAACAACGGGCAGCCGAGGUUGACAUACGAGGAAAGGAUGGCUCGGCGGCUGCUGGGUGCCGACAGCGCGACCGUCUUCAACGUCCAGGAGCCUGAAGAGGAGGCAGCCAACCAGGACCCUGGGUCUCCUCAUGCUUCUGUAGGGAGUCCUCUGGAUGGUCAAAAGGAGUACAAAGUCUCCAGCUGUGAGCAGAGGCUCAUCAGUGAAAUCGAGUACAGGCUGGAAAGGUCCCCCGUGGAGGAAUCCGGGGAAGAGGUUCCCUGUGGGGAUGCAUCUGUGGAGAGUGGAGUGGCCCCAUUCUUCGAGGUGAAGCUGAAGCAUUUCAAGAUCUUUGAGGGGAUGCCUGUGACCUUCACAUGCAGAGUGACCGGGAAUCCAAAGCCGAAGACCUACUGGUUUAAAGAUGGGAAGCAGAUCUCUCCCAAGAACGAUCACUACAGCAUCCGGAGCGACCCUGACGGGACCUGCUCUCUGCAUACCGUGGCCUCCACCCUGGAUGAUGACGGGAAUUACACGAUCAUGGCUUCGAACCUUCAGGGCCGCGUCAGCUGCACGGGACGGCUGAUGGUGCAAGCCGUGAACCAGAGAGGCCGCAGCCCCCGCUCGCCCGCCGGCCAGCCUCACGGCAGAAGGUCUCGUUCGAGAUCCAGGGACAGUGCCGACGAAGGUGAACCGAUUCAGGAGCGAUUCUUCCGACCGCACUUCCUGCAGGCUCCCGGGGACCUGACGGUCCAGGAGGGCAGGCUCUGCAGGAUGGACUGCAAGGUCAGUGGGCUGCCAACCCCCGAUCUGAGCUGGCUGCUGGAUGGCAAGCCCGUCCGCCAGGACAGCACCCACAAGAUGCUGGUGCGAGAGAACGGGGUGCACUCUCUGGUCAUCGAGCCCGUCACGGCCCGGGACGCCGGCGUCUACACGUGCGUGGCCACCAACCGGGCUGGACACAACUCCUUCAGCCUGGAGCUCGUGGUCGCAGCUAAGGAAGCGCACAAGCCCCCCGUGUUCCUCGAGAAGCUGCAGAACACGGGGGUGGCGGACGGGUACCCGGUGCGGCUGGAAUGCCGGGUGUCCGGGGUGCCGCCGCCGCAGAUAUUUUGGAAGAAGGAAAACGAGUCGCUCACUCACAGCACGGACCGCGUGAGCCUGCACCAGGACAACUAUGGCUACGUGUGUCUGCUCAUCCAGGGAGCCACCAAGGACGACGCUGGCUGGUACACGGUGUCGGCCAAGAACGAGGCCGGGAUCGUGUCCUGCACGGCCCGGCUGGACGUCUACACCCAGUGGCAGCAGCCCCCGCCAAGCACCAAGCCGAAGCGGGUGCGGCCCUCGGCCAGCCGCUACGCUGCGCUCUCGGACCAGGGACUCGACAUCAGGGCUGCGUUCCAGCCGGAGGCCAGCCCGUCCCACCUGAUGCUGAGCCCCGGCCUGGUGGAGAGCGAGGACCUGUGAGCUGGUGCUCUCCACAGAGCCCAGACACUGAAACCUCUGCUGCCUUGACCCACACCCUCCUCUGUCACGGGACGGAAAAGGCAGAAACAUACCUUUGGCUCUAAGAAAUAAAAGGACACCAAAAUCCUA